AUGGACGCCUGGAUCGGCCCCAACUUAUGGAAGGAUGUCCUCCGCGUACACGCAAUGAAACCAUUCCACGUCAUGAUUGGUGGUGGAGAUCAGAUCUAUAACGAUGGUAUUCGUGUUGACGGUCCCUUGAAGGAAUGGACUUCCAUCGCCAACCCGCACAAGAGGCGCACUCAUUCUUUCGAUAACAAUCUGCGCGCGGCGUGCGACGACUACUACUUUGCGAAUUACGUACGAUGGUACUCUACGGAACCAUUCAAGGAGGCCAAUGGCCGGAUUCCUCAGAUCAAUAUCUGGGACGACCACGAUAUCAUCGACGGAUUUGGCUCCUACACUGACCAUUUCAUGAAGUGUUCUGUUUUCCGCGGUAUUGGCGGUGUCGCUUUCAAGUACUACUGCUUGUUUCAGCAUCAUAUUGCGCCCCCGAAGUCUACCUACACUACCGAUGCGCCGCAAACCAUGCAGGCUGUCAAUGGUACCGCAGGCGCCGACCCUCGGCAGUUGGAGGAUACCUUCGUUCUGGAGGACCAAACAGAGGACAACAGCUGGAUUGUUGGCAAGCGCCCCGGCCCGUAUGUUGAGGAAAAGAGUCGAAAUUUGUACAUGCGUCUUGGCAAACGCAUGGCAUUUAUUGGUGUCGAUGCGCGCACGGAGCGUACCCGCCAUCAGGUCAACUAUCCUGACACCUAUGACCUCAUUUUCUCCCGGCUGGAACAAGAGGUUGCUGCUGCAAAUGGCGAUAUUAAGCACCUCAUCGUGCUUCUUGGUGUCCCUAUCGCCUACCCACGACUCGCGUGGCUCGAGAACAUUCUCAGCUCGCCAAUCAUUGCUCCCAUUCGUUUGCUGAACAAGCGCUUCGGACUUGCCGGUGGCUUUUUUAAUCAGUUUGAUGGUCAGGUCGAUUUGCUGGAUGAUCUUGAUGACCAUUACACGGCGCGUCAGCACAAGCGGGAGCGCAGAAUUUUCAUCCAGCGCCUACAGGACUUUUCCAAGGCUCACUCCAUCCGUGUUACGAUUUUAGGUGGUGAUGUGCACUUAGCGGCUAUUGGACGAUUUUAUUCGAAUCCCAAGCUGGGCGUUCACAGCGAGAACGACCCUCGGUACAUGGUCAACAUCGUUAGCAGCGCCAUUACUAACAAGCCGCCUCCGAAAGCAGUUGCGAAUCUGCUCGCGCGACGAAACAAGAUUCAUCACCUAGACACAGAUACUGAUGAGACGCUGAUGGACUUUUUCGACGGUCAGCCUGGCGGAGUAGACAAGAGCGCCUCCUGGAACAAAGUCACUAUGCCAUCUCGCAACUACGCCUGCAUUACCGAAAUUGAAACACCCGCUGCUAACGGUGAUGGGGCGCAGCAAAAUGGUGUGACUCUCCCAAUCCCCAAGGACGGCCAUUCCCCUCUGCAUACGGGCGAGUCAACGGCUGGCUCCGCUCACUCAGCAGCGGACGGUGUCAGCAGCGCGAGCACUCUCCAUGGUGGCUUGAACGUCGCAAUUCGCGUGGAGAUUAACCCCCAGAACAGAGACGGCGCAGCUCAUGGUUAUGGGUUUAGCAUUCCCGCCUUAUCAUAUGUCCAAACAGAAGACGACGCUCGACCACGACCGCAAUCACGCUCCCGCUCGCUCCAUGCGGCAGCGGCAUCUAUCCGCUCGCAUUCCAACCAGCGUGAAGCCCGUCCCAGGACCUCGACCUAG